AUGCCACUGGAGCAAAAAACAGUAACAGUAGAAGAGAAAGAAGUGCAUGAUUCAAGGACUCAAGAUACUAAACGUAAUGCGCAAACCAGGGAUAAAUUAAUAAUUUACUCAUUCACUGUGAAAGCAAAGCAAAAGCGACCUGACAGACGUGGAUAUGAUGAAGAAAAGGAUGAUUAUGUUUUCUACGGUGAAUACAGUGAAAGCCAAACUGUCAGGCCACCAUCACCAAAACCACUUGUGGUGCCAAAACCACUUACCACGGCGGAGACAGAAAAGAAAAAUCAACUGAGACACCAUAUCAUCAAUGAGAUUAUAGAAAGGGAGCGAGACUACGUUAAGAACUUAAAAGACAUCUAUGAGGGAUACUACAAGCAAUGCAGGAAAAAAACUGAAAUGUUCUCAGAGGAGAGGCUGUACACUCUCUUUUCGAACGUUGGGGAAAUUUAUAAAUUCCAGCGGAAAUUUCUUAAAGUUCUGGAGAAGAUGUACAACAUAUCACACCCAUACCUGAGUGAGUUUGGCAUCUGCUUCCUCAACUAUCAUCAGCAUUUCCUGGUCUACUCUGAAUAUUGCAACAACCAACCCAGUGCCGCAGCCGAACUCUCGAAACUCAGAAAACUGCAAGACUAUGCCUUGUUUUUUGAAGCCUGCCGACUACAUCAGCACAUGUCAAAUCUCCCUCUGGAUGCCUUUCUGAUAAUGCCAGUGCAGAAGAUCUGCAAAUAUCCAUUGCAGCUGACGGAACUUCAGAAGGCCACCGUACCCACGCACAGGGAUGCCAAAAACGUGGAAGCUGCUACAAUUGCCAUGAAGAAUAUUGCCAAUGUGAUUAACGAGCGCAAAAGACGAGUCGAAAACCUUGACAAAAUUCCAAGGUGGCAAAGAAAAAUUUCAAGUUGGAAGGGAGACGAUCUUUUGGAACGUAGUACAGAACUUAUUCAAAGUGGUGACUUAAUUGUGAUCAUGAAACCACAAGGCAAGAGCAAGGAAAUGGUGGUUUUCCUCUUCGACCAUCAGGCAAUCCUUUGUAAGAAGGAUCUACUACGCCGUGACGUUUUAUACUAUAAGCACAGAAUAGACAUGGACACCAUGCUAGUGGUAGACAUAAAAGAUGGCAAAGACUGGGAAUUUGACGUCAAGGUCAAGAAUGCUUUCAAACUUCAAAACAAGCUUAUCGAUGAUGAAGUCCACCUGCUAUGUGCAAGGAAACACUCGGACAAACUGUUGUGGCUUCAUGCUUUUGAGGACGAAAGAAAAUUAGUUAGAAAUGAUGAAGAAUCAGGUUUUGUCGUCACUGAAAUUCAAAAAGACAGGGCCAAAUUGGCUGCACGUAAGCCAGGAAAGAAGAAUAAAGGUGAAUAUGAUGACACAAAAGAUAUAAAUCAGGGUCAAACAAUGUGGAAAAGAUUGUUUCGGAUGUGA